UUGAUUAUCCGAAAGGGAAUUUUCGUAUUUUUAAUUUUUUUUGUCAAAUAUGUAUUUUUCAGAGCAUAUGAAGACUGUGAAUACUCGGUGCGUGUUUCAAUUUUUGGUCGACUAAUCAAAGAUUAUCCAUUUGUGGUGAAUGUAAGCUGUCACCAUUGUCCAAAAUGGCAGUUUGGAUCGCAAGGUAUCGCUGAUGAGCAGCUCAAUCAACCAGUCAAAAUAUGCCAAGAUGCAAAAGGACUGAUUUAUAUCUUGGAUACGGGAAAUAAUCGAAGAUGUAGCACCGUUGGUAUGGCCCUGUUGAAUCAUAACGGUGAUAUUGUAACACUGAACUGGAAAACCAAAGAGCUUUACAAAUGUGGCCGUGGCGGCGAACUUCUACAGGUUUUUUUUUUGCUUUUUUCAAGUGACUAG